GAAAACGAGCCUUUUGUUUUAAAGAAUCAUAUUCAAAACUCGAGUUUUUUUUUCUUUUACUCUUUUUUUUUCUUUUUUAUAUUAAAAAAAAAACCCCCCUUCUGCUUACUCUAAUGAGUGAACAAAACGAGCAAGCAGUAGCAAAAAAGAGUUGGAAGCAAUAUUUCGCUUUCGUUAAAGACCGGCAAUUUUGGAAAGUUUUAGUACUUGGUCAAGUUCUUUCAUUAUGUAUUACGGGUACUAAUGUAACAACCACUAUCUUGAGUAAUAAAUAUAAUUUCUCUGCAGCCACACUGCAAACUUUUUUAGUUUAUGCUUGUGUAGCUUUAGUUUAUAAUUCGAUUGCUAUCUAUAAGCGUGGUCUAAAGGGCUGGCUACUUCAAUUCUGGAGAAGAGGUAUCUAUUACUUCUUUCUGGGGUUUGUUGACGUUGAAGGAAACUAUUUUGUCGUGAAAUCAUAUGAGUAUACAUCUUUGUUAUCUGCAAUGCUUCUUGAUUGCUGGAGUACACCUGUCUGUAUGAUUUUAGCUUUUAUUUUUAUGAAGGUUAGAUAUCGUUGGGUUCAAUAUGUAGGUGUCUUUCUUGCUCUCUGUGGUCUUGGUAUGCUUGUAGCCAGUGAUGUUAUUACGGGGAAAAACUACGAUGCAGUAAAUGCUCUUAAAGGUGAUCUCUUUUGUAUUCUGGGCGCGACUUUUUAUGGCCUUUCAAAUACGGGUGAAGAAUAUAUGGCACGUAAACAUCCACUUUAUGAAGUGAUUGGUAUGUUCACCUUCUUUGCCACCUUUAUUAAUCUUGUCCAAGUAUUUAUCUUUGAGCGUCAUCAAUGGAGUGAAUUGAGUGAGAAGGGUAUUGGCGCAAUGGUUGCUGUAUAUACGAUUUGUAUGUUUGUCUUGUAUUCAUGUGCUCCUGUCCUAUUCCGACUAGGGAGUGCUGUAUUGUAUAACCUUUCUAUUCUUACAAGUGAUUUCUAUGGUUUGAUCUUUGGUUUGGGUCUCUUUGGUUAUAAGGUUACACCUAUGUAUCCUUUUGCCUAUAUUAUUAUUAUUAUUGGAAUUGCCAUUUAUCAUAUCUUUCCUGUACCUGAGCCUGCUAUCGGUAAUUUUACUUCUGAAACAGCAGAAAGAGAAAAGAUGGAAUUGUAUGGUACUCCUUUUACGCAAGGUGAUAUUGAAAAUCAACAAAGAGCCUCCAUGGUAACAACUGAAGUUAUCCCAACUACUGAGGAAGUAAAACAAUAAUAUUAUAAGCCAAAGAAGAAAAACUAGGAGGGAAAAAAAAUUUUUUUUUUAUCCCCCUCGCCAUUAUGAAAACUAUACUUUUAAUUUUAUUAUUAUUUGUAAAUUUUUAUUAAUAUGGUGUUGCCCUUCUUUACGUCUUUUGCACACUGUACAUAGAAAGACGUUUAUUUAUCCUUAUAAUAAAAUGUAUAAACAAAUAUAUAAUAUAAUUUCAAUUAAAGCUAACAGGAGUUAAAUAAAACUAGAGUACAAG